GAGUAUCAACUGUAACUAACCGGUGAAAGGUUUUCCGCUUUAAACUCUGAUUAAAUAAAAAUAUAGACAGAUAUCUGCAUACCUAAAUGCUUAAUCUUCGAUUUGUUAUUAAAAACCAUUAAAUUUCCAGAAAAAUAUAAAAUUGUAAAGGAUGAAGGAUAUUGAAAUACUUGAUCCUAACAAUACGGUGAAAAACCGAGAAAUCCUUCAUCGAUUAAUAAUAAGUCAAUUAUUCUAUGAUGGAUUUCCUCAAAUUGCUGCUGAACUAGCAAAUAGUAUAAGAACAGAUCCUCCAUGUCCUCCCAGCAAUCGAUUAUAUCAAAUAAUGAUGUCUGCUCUUCAAAAUGAAAAGAAAGAAGUGAACUAUGAUGAUGUUUCGAGUGGAUUGGAUCUGGAAUUUCAAGCUGAAGGUUCAGCAAUAGCUCCAGAACCAGCAAGUUAUGAAACUGCCUAUGUAACAAGUCAUAAACAUGCAUGUCGAUCAGGAUCAUUCAGUUUUGAUGGACAACUUGUUGCUACAGGUUCAGUCGAUGCAUCAAUCAAGAUCCUUGAUGUCGAUCGAAUGGUUGCUAAAUCAGCUCCAGAUGAUAACGAACCAGGUAGAGAACAACAACAAGGCCACCCUGUCAUUCGUACACUUUAUGAUCAUACCGAAGAAGUCGCUUAUUUGGAAUUCCAUCCUAAGGAGCAAGUUCUUGCCAGUGGAUCUAAAGAUGCAACCGUCAAACUUUUUGAUAUCAGCAAACCUUCAGUCAAAAAAGCUCAUAAAACGUUUUCCGAUUGUGAACCAGUACGAUGCUUGGCUUUUCAUCCAACAGGAGACUUUUUAGCUGUCGGUACUGAUCAUCAUUUAUUACGUAUCUACGAUAUACAUACAGGACAAUGUUUUGUAAGUGCAAUUCCAGCACAGCAUCAUAAAUCUGCCAUAAUCUGUGUCAAAUAUGCUGCGACAGGAAAAUGUUAUGCGACUGGUGGCGUAGAUGGAGCUAUCAAGAUUUGGGAUGGUAUCAGUGGAAGAUGUAUUAACACAUUCACAGAUGCUCAUGGUGGUCAUGAAAUCUGCUCUGUAAGUUUCACAAAGAAUGGAAAAUAUUUGCUUUCAUCAGGAAAAGAUUCUUUGGUUAAACUUUGGGAGCUUAGCACAAGUCGAGCUUUGAUAGCUUACACUGGAGCUGGAACAACUGGGAAACAAGAACACAACACUCAAGCAGUUUUUAAUCACACAGAAGAUUUUGUUCUUUAUCCUGAUGAAGCUACAACAUCACUUUGUGCUUGGAAUUCUCGAAAUGCUUCUCGUCUUCGUCUUACAUCGCUUGGUCAUAAUGGCCCAGUUCGUCACAUUGUACACUCUCCAACUGCUCCUGCUUUUCUAACAUGUUCUGAUGAUUUCAGAGCUCGCUUUUGGGUAAGAAGAUCAACAGGAAAUCAAUACUAAAACAACAUACUUGAAAGAUUUAUCAUAAAUCAUUUACAUUGUAAAAAUCUUUAUUUCAAAAUUCUUUUCCCCACCCGAAAGAAAUUCAUUUACAAUUAAGAUCAAUUUCAUAA